CAAACGGGCCUAAGAAUGGAAAGGUCGGAGCAAUUCCACCCAUCCAAACCGUGCGUGAGGAGAAGAGCCCAGCCCAUAUCACCAGUCGCUGCAGCACAGCCCACACACAUCACAGCAGCAACAGCCGAAACAGCAACAGCCUACCUCUUCGUGAAUCGUGUCCCUUCCCUUGGCUGCAGCUGCAGGAUCCAAGCAACGCGGAAGGAGGGAGGUGAGCACCAUGUCGGCGCUGUUCAACUUCAACUCCUUCCUGACCGUGGUGUUGCUGGUGAUCUGCACCUGCUCCUACAUCAAGAUGCAGUUCCCGGCAAUCCUCAACGACCGCACCGGAUUCCGUGGUUUCUUUUGGAAAGCUGCCAGGAUAGGUUCUUUGGUGAAGCAGGCGCUCAUUUCUUUGAUAAUUUUUUUGUUGUAGAUCUAAAUUUAAAGUGCUAGUGCUGCAGCACAUUGAUGGUGAGCGAUUGAGCCCUUGGGUAUCAGUCGGGUGCUUGGCUAUGGGAAUAUCCACUAUUUUCUUCUAAGGCCGAAGUUUUAAUCUCCACAAAUUUAGUCUAGGACGCAGCACCUUGUUUCACUUGUAGAGAAAAAAAAAACUAUUGUAAGCAUUUUGCUUCAGUUUUUAAUGGUGGGCACUGUAAGAUCUGUAUCUGCACUGAGAUUUCUGAUAUUAACAAAAAUGUUUUCUCAUAAGAUUUCUGAGAAAAAAAAAACUUUGUAGACCUUGUAGCUGUUUGAAGAGUGGUAAUUGAUGAA